GUUAAAAGGACAGAGUUGUAAAACUCCCAGGCAGAGGGGAGGUAGCUUGUGAGCCUGCUUAGAUACAUUAAAUUAUACCCAACACACACACAAAUAUCGCCUGGAAUACUCUUUUUAGAUACACAGAAGAUUCUUUUUUUUAUAGAGGGUAGUAAGCUAUCUAUUAGUUUGCUGACCGCGUCAUAGACACAUCAUUUUGCCAGCAAAGCCAUUCGUCACUCAAGCUAUCAACAGUGCAAGAAGAACCUGCUGUACAUUUAAAUGAUACAGAACUUUACUUUGUGGAAGGAAGGAUAUAUUUUUCGGCAACAAGCACUCACCCUUAGUUUCUGCGUUCAGCUCAAACCAAUCACCACUGCCUUGGAGGAUUUUUCAACUCUGGGAGGAACAAGAAGAAGCAGGAACGGAAACGACAACUCUUUGCAGGAAAAGGAAACACGAUCGAUCUCCACCGUGAAGCAGCUAUGCAGCUUGAAAUACAAGUAGCACUCAACUUUAUCAUCUCCUACCUGUACAACAAACUCCCCCGGAGACGCGUCAACAUAUUCGGCGAGGAGUUGGAAAGGCAGCUGAAGAAGAAGUAUGAGGGUCACUGGUACCCAGAUAAGCCAUACAAGGGGUCAGGGUUCAGGUGCAUCCAUGUAGGGGAGAAGGUGGAUCCUGUGGUGGAGCAGGCGGCCAAAGAGAGCGGCCUGGACAUCGAGGAUGUCCGCAACAACCUCCCCCAAGACCUGAGCGUGUGGAUCGACCCCUUCGAGGUGUCCUACCAGAUCGGGGAGAAGGGCACGGUGAAGGUGCUCUACGUGGACGACAACAACGAGAACAACGGCUCCGAGCUGGACAAGGAGAUCAAGAACAGUUUCAACCCGGAGGCCCAGGUCUUCAUGCCAAUCAGCGACCCCGUCGGCGCGUGCUCCGAGUCCAGCUCGCCCUCGCCCCCCUUCGGCCAGUCGGCCUCCGUCAGCCCGUCCUUCAUGCCUCGCUCCGCCCAGCCCUUAACCUUCACCACCGCCACCUUCGCCGCCACUAAGUUCGGCUCCACCAAGAUGAAGAGCAGCGGCCGUGGCAACAACAACAACGGCGGCGCCAGCGGCGGCAACGGCGUCGGCAACGGCAACAAGGCGUCCCGCUCCUCCCCCACCAACAUGGGCCUGAAUGUGAACACCCUCCUGAAGCAGAAAGCCAUCUCCACCUCCAUGCACUCCCUCUACGGGCUGGGCCAGCAGCAGAAGGCCUCCGCCCUCUCCCCCAACGCCAAGGAGUUUGUGUUCCCCAGCCUCCAGGGGCAGGGGAGCCCCGGGGCCGCGUUCCCCAGCGAGGGAGGCCUCAGCCCGCUGCAGUACAACAAUGCCUUUGACGUGUUCGCUGCCUACGGAGGCCUCAACGACAAGUCCCUCAUGGAAGGCCUCAACUUCAGUCUGAGCAGCAUGCAGUAUUCUAACCAGCAGUUCCAGCCAGUCAUGGCUAACUAAAUUCACGAGAGAGGUUAUUUAUGAAUGAUCGGUGGCCGAAAGAGAAGGAAAAACAAAAUGCCCAUUUGGAAAACAUCGACGAUAACGAUAACCACUGGACUUUCGAGGAAAUAAACGAGCAUCCAAUGAGAAGUUUCUUUGUCUAGUCGGUGAAGCGCAUGUGCCCAAGGGGGGUGUUACUGUGGACCCCUUGAGUUUGUUUAUACUACAAGCUUGUUGUACACACAUGUCCAAGCUGGGUUACUUAACAUGCAUCGUUGUUUUUCUUUUUCCUUUUUGCCAACCAAGCACAAAUACUUUUUUUACUAUGUUGGAAGAAAGAUCUUAAAAAAAAAAAAAGACAAAAAAUAUUCACACAAAAAAAAGACAAAAAAUAUUCAAGCUUCAAGUUUGGGCCUCUUACAGUAUUUUACAGGUGGUAAGACAUGGCUGAUUUCUACUAAUUGGCACUGCUAAAUGGGUGACUUGGUCUUUUUUCUAAUUGUAUAAUUUAAUUUAGUACAGAGUUUGUAAGAUAUCAGAGUAUAUAUUGUUUCUAUGACAUGGUGUUGCAUUUAUAUCUUUUUACUACUCCAGUGAUCCGUGAUGGCUACAGCAGCUUCCUCUUAUUUUUCUUUUUUUAAAGAUAAGAAAUGUUGAAGAAAUCCAUCUUUAAGAUGCAUCAAUUCUAAAGAUUGUGUACAGAGUAUUCCUUAGUGGUGGAAUUCAAGCGUAGGAAUAUUUGCUUUUUCUGAAAGAAGAGUUGUAUUUUCUGUUAAGAGUUAUACGAUUUUGCUAUAUUAUGGACAAAAAUGUAAUCGUAUGAAUAUUAAUUUUGUACCUACAUUGUGCAAUACUUGAUAAAAUACGGUAUAAGUAAGUAUUUUGAGUCAGUGUCUUACAUGUCAAGAGGGACUGAAAUAGUUUAUAUUGUUAAGUUUGUAUUAAAAUGCUUACAAAUUAUAUGCUUGUCUUUAUUUUUUUUAAUUUCAUAUUUGCACCCUGGUCUUUUUAAUAAAAUAAACUACAGUCAAAACAA